AUACAUUCCUUCUGUGUUAGGCUGGUGGAUGAGCUCAGUUUAUGGGUUCGACGACAUCAGAAUGAUAGGAAGACUGGAAAAAAGCCCCCUAAAAAGCAGAGGAGAAUGAAGAAACCACUUUUAAGGAGAUCGUUGUCCCUAUCGGAUCUGGUACCAGCUCAGCCUUCGCGGCUUACUCACAGAUUACAGAGCGCUCCGCUACAGCUGUACAGUCCGUCAGAUCCGAGUGACACGUUUCUCAUGGACGCCAUUGAGAGAAGAGAAGACACUUUUUAUGUGGUCUCAUUUCGCAGGGAUCACCUUCUGCUUCCUGCUAUCAGCCACAAUAAGACUUCCCGUCCUAAAAUGUCACUGGUAAUGCCGGCCAUGCCUGUAAAUGGUGAGCGUUGUGCACAGUGUAUGCUCUAAUAUUGUGAUCUCUAUUCACUUUUAUUCUCUCAUACCUUCUGAUUGUCUUUUUCUCUCUCCCCCUUCUCUCUCUCUAUUUUUUUCUCCCUCUUUCUCCCUUCAUAUAUAUAUAAAUCUCU